CAAUACCGGAACAUGGCCACACAACACCAGCCGGCUGCCGCGCACGUGACAUGAUGCCACGCUCACCCUCCUCCUCCCCACGCUGCGUGUCCGUGACGCGGCUUCCUGUACCGGUCUUUCCCACGGGUGAAACCAAGAUCAAGUCCCUGACUUCUGAGAUAGAAAUCCUGAGAAGCUUCCCAUUUGUGGGUGACUCGCCCAGCUUAGAGGGACUUAGGGAAGAGAACUCCAAGUUGAAGUACCGCUUGAACAUUCUGCGUAAGAGUAUUCAAGAAGAGAAAAACAAAUCUGUGAAGAGUAUGCUGAACAUCAAUGCCCAUCUCCAGGAAAUCUUUGGCCGGGCUAUCAGAGCCGCAUACCCUGAGUUAGAAAAUGCCCCUUUGGCAGUGACUCCAAACCAGCAGCUGAAAUUUGGUGACUAUCAAUGCAACAGUGCAAUGGCAAUGACCCAGAUGCUGAAAGCAAGAGAUCAAAAAGUGAAUCCUCGAGAAAUUGCUGAGAAGAUUGUUAAAAAUCUUCCCAAUAAUGACUUGAUUGAGAAAACAGACAUAGCUGGUCCAGGCUUUAUUAAUGUACACUUACGAAAAGAUUUCAUAUCGAAACAACUAUCCAAGUUGCUGGUGAAUGGAGUUCAGCCGCCUGUAAUUGGAGAAAGGAAAAAGGUUGUAGUUGAUUUUUCCUCACCAAACAUUGCAAAAGAAAUGCAUGUGGGUCAUCUGCGUUCUACCAUAAUAGGGGACAGCAUAUGCCGAUUGUUUGAGUUUCUUGGGCACGAUGUACUACGGCUAAAUCACUUAGGGGAUUGGGGUACUCAGUUUGGAAUGCUGAUUGCUCACCUUCAAGACAAGUUUCCUAAUUAUGUGUCUGUCUCACCACCAAUUGGUGACCUCCAGUCAUUUUACAAGGAAUCCAAAAAGAGAUUUGAUGAAGAUGAGGAAUUUAAAAAAAGGGCAUAUCAAUGUGUGGUGCAACUGCAAAGCAAAAGGCCGGAUAUCAUCAAGGCAUGGAACCUGAUCUGCGACGUAUCUCGGAAUGAAUUUCAGAAAAUUUAUGACUGUCUGGAUAUUCGCAUCGUCAACAGAGGAGAGUCCUACUACCAAGACCUAAUGAUCCAAGUUGUGAAGGAGUUUGAAGAGAAAGGUCUUGUUCAGGUUGAUGAAGGACGAAAAAUUGUGUUUCCUCCUGGUUGCACCAUACCUUUAACAAUUGAGAAAUCUGAUGGGGGUUUCACCUAUGAUACAUCAGAUCUGGCAGCCUUAAGGCAGAGGCUAAAGGUGGAGAAAGGCGAUAUUCUUAUUUAUGUUGUCGACAGUGGACAGGGCAUACAUUUGCAGAAUGUGUAUUCUGCUGGUCGGAUGAUUGGUUGGUAUGAUGCAACUGUGACCAGAGUGGAACAUGCUGGAUUUGGUGUUGUCCUAGGGGAAGACAAGAAAAAAUUUAAGACCAGAUCAGGUGACACAGUGCGAUUAAUCGACUUGCUGGAAGAAGGGCUCAAACGCUCAAUGGACAAAUUAAAAGAUAAGGAGCGGGAUAAGGUCCUCACGCCUGAGGAGUUGGUAGCUGCGCAGAGAGCUGUUGCUUUUGGAUGUAUUAAAUAUGCAGACUUGUCCCACAACAGGAUGAAUGACUAUAUCUUCUCUUUUGACAAAAUGCUGGAUGAUCGGGGGAACACAGCAGCUUAUCUCCUAUAUGCCUUUACCAGAAUAAGGUCUAUAGCACGGCUGGCAAACAUCAGCGAUGAGGUUCUGCAAAAGGCUGCUCAGGAAACAGAGAUCACUCUGCAGCACGAAAAGGAGUGGAAACUGAGCAAGUGCAUCCUGAGAUUCCCCGAGAUUCUGUUGAAGAUCCUGGAUGACCUCCUGCUGCACACAUUAUGUGAUUACCUCUAUGAGCUAUCCACCACCUUCACAGAGUUCUAUGAUAACUGCUACUGCGUUGAAAAGGACAGACAGACUGGUCAGAUUGUCAAAGUGAAUAUGGCCAGGAUGUUGCUCUGUGACGCUACAGCUGCUGUGAUGGCCAAGGGCUUCGAUAUCCUGGGACUUAAACCUGUACAGAGGAUGUAAAUAGUAUCUGCACCAACUUAGCCUUUCAUUUCUGCCAAUACAUGCAGAAAUGGGACUUUUCUUAAAAGAAACUGGAGAAUAAACAUUUGAUUUAUUA